ACAAGCAGCAGCUAAAUGGUUUAGCAAUCCACAUAAUUCCCCAUCAGGUGUAUGAACAGGACAUAAAAAACCCCAUGAUCUUACGAAGACCAGCAAGGGCAGAACCUCGAUGAACAGCUCUAAAAUGUGAAAUGAAUCGCAGAAAAUUUAUCCUUUCUGCCUGAACAGUCAUUCCAGCUCUCUAACAACCAGAUUUUGAUUUUCAAUAGGGUCAUAUCUCUCAAUAUUCAAUAAGACAAGUUGUUAUCAAAUUGUAUCAUGGUAUCGGAGCUAAGGCUCUCAAAAACCUAGCCUCUCUCUUUUUUUUUCCGACCGCCGCCCACCAUGGCAGCCCCGUCGGAUCCUUUGGCGUCCUUACCCUCCGGAGUAAAACUUUUACUUCGGAGUCUCCACAACUUAAUCCCAGAAAAACUCACCGAAACAAAUUAUCCGGCAUGGUCUCUCAAUGUCCAGACAGCUCUUUCAGCUAAUCUCCUCCUUGGAUGGAUUGAUGGUCAUGAAGCAGCCCCGGCGCCAACUAUCUCUAAAAACGAUAAAACCGUCCCUAAUCCAGAGUAUACCUCCUGGACCAUCGUUGACACACAGAUCCGCGCCUGCCUCCUAGCGGUCAUCAGCCCCUCCGUUCACAAACAUGCUCGCGGCUUCACCACAUCCGCUGCCCUCUGGGAUGCUUUGGCCGCACGGUACAACUCCGUGUCCACCGCUCAUGUUUAUCAGCUUCGGGACAAACUCCACACUCUUCGUAAAGGCUCACAUGCUCCUGUCCCACUGACGGUCCAACCCCAGACCCGUCCCACCAGUCACGGACGACAGCCCGACACCCUCCCUAUGGACACGCCACAGACGGUCCAACCCCAGAACCGUACCCCAACCCACCCUCGACCGUCACCUACUCCUCUCCAAAACACACAAUCGGUUAACCGACCCCCGCCCCAAAACACACACACCAUGCAAACCCGAGCCAAAUCUGGAAUUUUCAAACCUAAAGCCUAUACCAUUACCACCCUUGAUACUACCCCACCUACCACUGAGCCUAGCACUUACCGCCAAGCCUCUGGUAAUAGUUUUUGGUGUCAGGCUAUGGAUGAGGAGUUUAUUGCUUUGAAUGAGCAACGUACAUGGGACUUGGUUCCACCACCCAAGAACCGCACUCCGAUUGGUUGCAAAUGGGUGGCCUUGGAUUCAAGUGCUGCAUUCAUGAUACCAGCUUGUUCACCAGACACUGCUCUCGGCCAUAUCUCUCAAUAUUCAAUAAGACAAGUUGUUAUCAAAUUGUAUCAGUCUCCUCUGUUCUCGGCAUCCUUCCCGGCGCUGUAUCCCAAGGCGCCGUUUGCCUUGACGGCAGCCCGCCGGCUUACGAAUGGGAAGCCGGAAAAGGACGAGCAGGGGCGACGAACUGGGUCGUUUUCAUCCAAGGCGCCGGCUGGUGUGUGAACUCCACCAUGCAUCAAACUCCCGAUGGUUCUGUUCAGAGCUGUGCCAACC